GUGAUGGCUGUGCCGCCUGGCCCUCUACAGCUGCUGGGAGCGCUGCUCAUCAUUUCUCUAAGCUCCACCGGGCUUAUUCAGGCUGGUGCCUACUAUGGGAUCAAGCCACUGCCACCUCAAAUUCCUCCUCAGAUGCCACCACAAAUUCCACAAUACCAGCCCCUGGGCCAGCAAGUACCUCACAUGCCUUUGGCCAAAGAUGGCCUUGCCAUGGGCAAGGAGAUGCCCCACUUACAGUAUGGCAAGGAAUAUCCACAACUACCCCAAUAUAUGAAGGAAAUUCAACCGGCACCAAGAAUGGGCAAGGAAGCAGCACCCAAGAAAGGCAAAGUAGAAAUACCAUUAGCCAGUUUACGAGGGGAACAAGGUCCCCGUGGAGAGCCUGGCCCAAGAGGACCACCUGGGCCCCCUGGUUUGCCAGGUCAUGGGAUACCUGGAUCCAAAGGCAAACCAGGGCCACAGGGAUAUCCAGGAAUUGGAAAGCCAGGUAUGCCUGGAAUGCCAGGGAAGCCAGGAGCCAUGGGAAUGCCUGGAGCAAAAGGCGAAAUUGGACCCAAAGGGGAAAUCGGGCCUAUGGGGAUCCCAGGACCACAAGGACCUCCAGGGCCUCAUGGACUUCCAGGCAUUGGGAAGCCAGGUGGGCCAGGGUUACCAGGGCAACCCGGAGCAAAGGGUGAUCGAGGACCCAAAGGACCACCGGGACCUCCAGGCCUUCAGGGUCCUAAAGGAGAGAAGGGCUUUGGGAUGCCUGGUCUGCCAGGCCUGAAGGGUCCUCCAGGGAUGCAUGGCCCUCCUGGCCCUGUGGGACUGCCAGGAGUGGGCAAACCAGGAGUGACAGGCUUCCCUGGGCCCCAGGGCCCCCUGGGCAAGCCAGGGCCUCCAGGAGAGCCAGGCCCACAAGGCCCUAUUGGGGUCCCAGGGGUUCAAGGACCUCCUGGGAUUCCUGGAGUUGGAAAACCAGGCCAGGACGGGAUCCCAGGCCAGCCAGGCUUUCCAGGUGGGAAAGGGGAGCAAGGACUGCCAGGGCUUCCAGGACCCCCAGGCCUUCCAGGUGUUGGGAAACCAGGCUUCCCAGGACCCAAAGGUGACCGGGGCAUGGGGGGUAUUCCUGGGGCUCUUGGACCAAGGGGAGAGAAAGGACCAGUAGGUGCCCCUGGAAUAGGUGGUCCCCCAGGAGAGCCAGGCCUGCCUGGAAUCCCAGGCCCAAUGGGCCCUCCAGGUGCUAUUGGUUUUCCUGGACCCAAAGGAGAAGGUGGGGUUGUGGGGCCACAGGGACCACCAGGUCCCAAGGGUGAGCCAGGGCUUCAGGGCUUCCCAGGGAAGCCAGGCUUCCUUGGUGAAGUAGGGCCCCCUGGCAUGAGAGGUUUGCCAGGUCCCAUAGGGCCCAAGGGGGAAGCUGGGCAAAAAGGUGUGCCAGGGCUCCCUGGUGUUCCAGGACUGCUUGGACCAAAGGGAGAACCAGGAAUACCAGGAGAACAGGGUCUACAGGGUCCCCCAGGUAUCCCAGGGAUUGCAGGCCCUAGCGGCCCCAUUGGACCACCUGGGAUUCCAGGCCCCAAAGGGGAACCAGGCCUCCCAGGGCCCCCUGGGUUCCCUGGUGUGGGGAAGCCCGGAGUGGCGGGACUUCAUGGCCCCCCAGGGAAGCCUGGAGCCCUUGGCCCUCAGGGCCAGCCUGGCCUUCCAGGGCCCCCAGGCCCUCCAGGUCCCCCAGGUCUCCCAGCUAUGAUGCCCCCUACACCACCUCCCCAGGGAGAGUAUCUGCCAGAUAUGGGGCUGGGGAUUGAUGGUGUGAAAACCCCUCAUGCCUAUGGGGCUAAGAAAGGCAAGAAUGGAGGGGUAGUCUACGAGAUGCCUGCGUUUACUGCCGAGCUGACUGCACCUUUCCCACCGGUGGGGGCCCCAGUGAAGUUUGACAAACUGCUCUAUAACGGCAGACAGAACUACAACCCACAGACGGGCAUCUUCACCUGUGAGGUCCCCGGUGUCUACUACUUUGCAUAUCACGUCCACUGCAAGGGGGGCAAUGUGUGGGUCGCUCUGUUCAAGAACAAUGAGCCCAUGAUGUACACGUACGACGAGUACAAAAAGGGCUUUCUGGACCAGGCAUCUGGGAGUGCGGUGCUGCUGCUGAGGCCCGGGGACCGGGUGUUCCUCCAGAUGCCCUCAGAACAGGCUGCAGGACUGUAUGCCGGGCAGUAUGUCCACUCCUCUUUUUCAGGAUAUUUAUUGUAUCCCAUGUAAAAAAAGAAAAGAACAAGAGAGAGAUUUAAUAGAAGAAAAGAAAAUGACGCACCAAAAAAUCCAAAUGGAAAAACAUAAUUGCUUCAAAACAUUUAUAUAGUUGGAAAGUUAUAUUUAAGUGAAAAUUUGGACCAUCGUGUACAAAUACAACCUAAGAUGCUUGUUUAAUACUCUGCACAGCAGCUUGUAAUUGAAAACAAUGGGAUAGAUUUAUGUAUCAAGUACUGACACUUGUGUUGUACCACUGGAAUCACAUUAGCUGUUUUAUGUUAUAUGCUUCCACGAUAACCUGCUUAUUCAGAUCAGUCAAAACAUUUCAGUAUGAAAGAUCAUAGCUAAUGAAAGUCACUCACUUGUAUUGUUUACUUUAAAAUAUUUAUAAAUAUGACUUCAAGAAAUGUCAACAGUAACAAUUACAUACCGUAUUUACUUGCAUAAUUUCCUCUGUAUUUGUGCAGAUACUUUGCCAUGGAAUGUGUGUGUAUGUUGGGUGGGGGGUUGUAGUGUUACUGCCCCAGUGGGAGGGAGCCACUGGGACCAUGGUAGUGCUUUAGUCCAAGGUUUAUUUCUCUCACAUGAGAGGCUAUGUCUUUUAGCAGCGGGGGUGUUAGAAUUGUGUGUCUGGUGUCUUUACAAGAACAGGUGAACCAGUCAACCAUUGUGUAGCUACUCAGUGCCUAGCACUGGGUGAGACACAUGUGUGGGGCAUUAGACAGUGCCCUGAAGGAGCUAAUAAAACAGCUGGGAGACAUAAGCAGUAAUUAACUGAUUUAUUCCUUAAGGGUUUCUUUUUUUUUUUUUUUCCUGUGACUUAUUUAUCCUUUUUCUUCCUUCCAUGUAAUUUCCAUGAUGGCCUAACUAAUAUAAACACUUGGAAGUUAUGAGAAAAAGAUAACCCUUCCUUCAAUAACUUUCCAGUUUUGUGGAAUAUUUAUUAUUAAUAGUAGUUAUCAAUUGUGUUUACAGGUAUUAAGAAUUCCCCUCCUUUGCCUACACACACAACCAACCACAAUGAGGUUUGAACCAUGGAGAUAGCAGUAUAUUGAAGAAUUUUGUGAAUUUUAAAUGUGAAUCUUGAAGAAAUUUCCCUGUGCAGUAUAUAUGUAAAUUGAAAUGUUAUCUGAGGUUCUAAAGUCACUUUCCGAAAUCCAGCUAUUCUUUAUUUGGGGGGAAAAGUUUCAGAAUUACAUAGGAAAAUGCAUUUUUAUUU